AUGAAUUUCUUUCAUUCUUUUAUUCUUUCUUUCUUUCUUUCUUUCUUUCUUUCUUUCUUUCUUUUCUUUCUUUCUUUUUUCUCUCUUUCUUUAUUUCUUUUUCUCUCUUUCUUUAUUUCUUUUUCUUUCUUUCUUUCUUUUUCUUUCUUUCUUUAUUUUUCUUUUCUUUCAUUUUUUUUUUCUCUUUUUCUUUUCUGUUUCUUUUUUUUUCUUUUCCUCUUCAAUUCCUUUCCAUUUUGUUCUUUCUUUUUUUUAUUAUUAUUAUUAGAAUUUUUUAAAAUGUCCUCCGGUUUAUUUUACUUGAUUCCUUUUCUUCUUCAUUUCAUUUAUUCUUUCAUUUCUUUGUUGCGUUUUCUUUCCUUUUUUUCAUGUGUCGUGUUUUAUUUUUACUUUUUUUUCUUUGACGUUUCUUCUUAUUCUUCACUAUUUAUUAUUUUUUUUGCUAUCAUCAUUCCCCUUUUACAAAGUUUCUAUUUCUUUUACGUGCUCUUUCUUUCCUUUAGAGCGUUUCUUUUUCUUUUUCAGCUUCUAUUAUGUUUUUUUUUUUUUGUUUUUCCGUUGCUUUUUUUAUAUAUCCAUGUUUCCAUUCUUUUUUCCUAUUUCUCCCUUUCUUUUUCGUUUUAUCUUUCAUUUCUUUUUGCUAUUCCUUGCUCGGUCUCUCCACUUCCUUUAAAUUGUUUUUGUUUUUUUUCGUCCUUUUCUUCUAUUUCUCUCAUUCUUUUUUUUAAUUCUUUAUUUUCCUUCCUUUUCUCUUCCCUGUAUAAUUUUCCUUCUCCAUAUUUCUUGAUUCUUAUCCCUCCCUCUUUUUAUUCAUUUUUUUCUUUCUUUUUCUUUUUUCCCUUCUUGCUCUUACUUCUUUUUAUUCAGCAUUGUUUCUUUCUUUUUUCGUCACUUCCUUUUACGAGGUUUUUUCAUCCUUUUUCUCUUCUCCCCUUUCUUUUAAAUGCAAAGCAACAAUGCGUAUUGAUGCCAAUAGGAGAGAGGGGGAAAAGCGAUUUUUACACGCAACACUGUAACUCAGUUCAGUUAUUGAAUAAUACCCAACUAAUGACUCCCUGUGAAAUUUUGUCCACUGAUCUUUGA